AGGCGUGCCCUUGAUCGCUGCCUAUCCCAAAGCCCCCGCUUGGAGCCCUGUGAGAUGGGGCGAUGGCCUCCCUGUGGAAGGGUGGAAGGGCCUCGGCGGAGCCUGGGGAGUGGCAGGUUAGUGGCACACGGAUAAUGACCCUUGGCCAACACUGGGCCGAUAUGUCAUGAUAAGCCGCAGUGGUGCAGAAAGAUUGAGAUGGAACCGAGAAACUCUUGUCACCUAGUGACGUGGUGACCGUACAGUGCGCAGCGUGUGGUAGUGAGUGGCCGCUGGCCCGGGCUUCUCCACACUGCACCGGUCCUUACUGCAGGGCCCGCGCCCCUCAUCAAAGUCAAGUCCGCCGUAAGCAGUCUGCUCUGCAGUGCCGGCAGCGCCUCGACUGGCUCAUGUCCACCUUGUCCCUUGACUGCACGCUGAGGCCACAUGGAGUGAGUGACCCGCAGCAGGCAGUGAGUGACCUGCAAGAAGAAGGCAAAAGUGCUAUCAACUCGCCGAUGUCCCCUGCUUUGGUGGGUGUUCACCCUGAAGACGCCCUGCUAGAGGAGAAUGAGGAGCGCACCAUGAUCGACCCCACCUCCAGGGAGGACCCCAAAUUUAAGGAACUGGUCAAGGCCCUGCUGGACUGGAUCAACGAUGUGCUGGCAGAAGAGAGGAUUGUUGUGAGGCAGCUGGAGGAAGACCUGUACGACGGCCAGGUGCUGCAGAAACUCCUGGAAAAACUGGCGGACCGCAAGCUGAAUGUGGCUGAGGUGACACAGUCUGAGAUAGGGCAGAAACAGAAACUGCAGACGGUUCUAGAAGCCGUGCAUGACCUGCUGCGGCCCCACGGCUGGGCACUGAGAUGGAAUGUGGACGCCAUCCAUGGAAAGAACCUGGUGGCCAUCCUCCACCUUCUUGUCUCCCUGGCCAUGCACUUCAGAGCUCCGAUCCGCCUUCCUGAGCACGUCUCUGUGCAAGUGGUGGUUGUCCGGAAGCGGGAAGGCCUGCUACAUUCUAGCCACAUCUCUGAGGAGCUGACCACAACCACAGAGAUGAUGAUGGGCCGGUUUGAGCGGGACGCCUUUGACACGCUCUUCGACCAUGCUCCGGACAAGCUCAACGUGGUGAAGAAGUCGCUCAUCACCUUCGUGAACAAGCAUCUGAACAAGCUGAACCUGGAGGUGACCGAGCUGGAGACCCAGUUUGCAGAUGGUGUGUACCUGGUUCUGCUCAUGGGUCUGCUCGAAGGCUAUUUCGUUCCCCUCCACAACUUCUACCUGACUCCAGACAGCUUUGAUCAGAAGGUCCACAAUGUGUCAUUCGCCUUUGAGCUGAUGCUGGAUGGAGGGCUCAAGAAACCCAAGGCUCGCCCCGAAGACGUGGUGAACUUGGACCUCAAGUCCACCCUGCGGGUCCUUUACAACCUCUUCACCAAGUACAAGGAUGUAGAAUGAUGGAGGAACAGCUAACAGUAGCAGGGAUGGUUUCCAGAGGGAGAAAAGUGGGUCAUCCCUUGGGCCCUGGGGGCUCCUGUCCCAGCUGUGCAGCCACCCUCCCCACCCUGCCUGGUUUGAUUAUUCUCAACCUUCCUCCCUCGUGAUUUGUGAUUUGCGUGGGUGAGGCCUUUGAAAUGCAAUCUUCUAAACAGUCACACUGUGUUUGAGGCCUCGCUUCAUCUCCUUCCAGGAGAUGCUGUGUGAUUGUUCCCUGCCUUGAUCAAAAACGCCCCAGCCCUCAGCCGAGCAGGGCCGCCCACGCUCCGUGUGAUGCAGCAGGUGGCCACUCCAGCCCCACGUUUCCAAGUGGCGCAGUUCCUCGGGGCUCGCUGCAGCUGUCUGGGAACCCCCCAGGCUGGGCUCUCCCUGGAAGCGAGAUCUUUUAAGUAAAAACGAUUUUUCAGUUUAAACAACUUCAUUCCCAAGUCCCAGAAGCUUUAGAUGUGACGAGAGUGUGUCCUACCCUGUGUGUUCCUGUGGCUUCUUGGCCACUUGGUGUUUUUAUUGACCUUUUGCACAAACUCCCAUGGUCCAGGUGACCCAGCUCCCACGGCCCACAGAAGGACAGCUGCAGAGGGCUUGUCUGCUCCUGCUGUGGCCGAGGGAGCUGGCUCUGAAUAUGCUGCCAGCUCUGCCAGCACCUCCCAUCUCAGAUGCCCUGUUUGGGAAUGUGUGCGAUUUAGAAGUGUUAGAAGAGGAAGCAGCCUCUCUUCCAGGCUGCCCUCAGCGCCCUGGACCAGGCGCUUCCAACGUCACAGACACAGGGUCUCACAGCUUGGAGACCAGAAGUCUGAGAUGGCAGCAUGGGCAGGGCUGGCUUCUCCCGAGGCCUCUUCCUCAGCUGCUUCUCUCUGUGUGUUCACGGCGUCUUCCUCUGUAUGUUCCUGGGUCCCAGUCUCUUCUUCUUAAAGGACCCCAGUCAUACUGGAGUGGGCCCCCUUCCCACCCAUGACACCUCAUUUAGUUUAAUGACUUUGUCACUGAUCCCAUGUCCAAAAGCAGGCACCUUUGAGGUGCUGGGGCCGGGAUUCCAGCAUGUGGGUUCAGCCCCAUAACAGGGACAUAACAGCCCUGUAACGUGUUCUUCUCACUCCUCCCAGAGCCCCGAUGGCAUCUCUCUUCUGUGUGUCCUAUGAAAGGACAGGGCUGUUUGCCCCUUGCUCACCUCAGCUUUGGAGAGAAAUGGGGGUUUCAUCAGCCCUGUUUUUUGGGCGGCCCCUGGUCUCGAAGGUCCGGCCCUGUGACAGUCCCCCACCACACCCCCCCUUCUGUCUCUCACCAGCCCCAGGCCUCCUGCACAGCCACCCCACUCCUCAAGCUCUCAAGAUCGGCCUUUCUAAGGGUUUAGAUCCCCUCCUCCCUACCAUGUAUCAGAGCAGCGGAGCAAGUUGUUAAUAUUGAACGCCAGCAUGGAAGUUCUAGAAAACAGUUUAAUAUUCUCCCUGGCUCCACUGUUGCUAGGCUGGGGAUGGGCUCAGAAUAGCCGCUUGGAUGGCGGUGGGUUCCCAGCAGGGGAAAGAAAUAAUUAAAACGGUAUUACUGUGUCUCCUGAGGGAGUCCGUGACAUUAAAGAGCCUCAUUGACACAAUAUCUGGGGCUGGGAUGUUCUGUGCCACCUUCCUUACACGCAGAGCCACAGCAGCCCUGGAGUUGGGUUGGCCCUGCUCUCAGGUGGGCUCGGCAUCCCUGAGGGCAUGGGGCCGAGGAGGGAAGGAGGCGAGGUCAGGAUUUGCAGAGAACACUGGGGUUUUCAGCCCAAGCCAGCAGCUCCAGGCCAUCAAAGGGGAGGACACGGUUGCUAGGGAGUGGUUUCAGCUUCCUGGGUGACCUCACAGCCCCCCACCUGGGGAACACAUGCCCAACCCCGUGUGCAUUUCACUCUU